ACGAGGAAGUAGUUUAUCACAAAGCUUUGCCAUCGAUACUCCUCAAAGUAUGUAGCUAAUAUUUCUUCACAAAACUACUUCCUACUUAUAAAUCCUAGUGCAAGUAGGCGAAUUUGGGACACGGCAAACUGAAUUAUGGGUCGUGUGUGUGUGUGACAUCACGCGUGCGCUGACAGCCGGGGCCCCCAGAGGUUUGACGGGAUUGUGGGAGCCGAAGGUUCCGCUCGGAGCCUGAGCUAAAAACACACUCCUGGAGGAAAAAAUGCGCUUUUGUAUGGACGUGACAGCCGACACACACGCCUGCAUCCGCGGCAGUGCUGGAGCAGCGUGAGAGAGUGGACCACAACGCAUCAAACGAAAGGUUACAGAAGGCGAAACAUUUGCCUCUAAGAAAAAUGCCUUAUGGGAAACGCUAUCAUUCGAAUACAUUCCAGAACGAAAGGACCAAGAAUAAGCUACAUUUUCUAUGCUAACGUUUUGUACCCAAUCUGCUGGAGCAGACCUUUUCGUGAACAUUACAAACCUGCCGUCCUCAUCUCCAGAAUCGACCCACCGACCGUCCCGACGGGCGACUGCCUAUCAUGAGAUUCAGAAUUUACAAGCGAAAGGUGGUAAUAUUGACUCUAGUGGUGAUAAUCUGUGGAUUCGCCGUCUGGAAUAGUGGAAAGCCGAAGAAGGCGAGUGCUGCGUUUCCUAAAGAAGUGGAAACGGUUAAACGUAGUAGCGUCGGCAGUCAGAUACAAGCUACCAUACCAGUAACCCGAAAACCAGUCAACGAGAGUAUCCCAGAAAAACAACAACAACAACAACAACAACAGCCUGUUGCCAAAUCAGAAGCAGACAACACCACCCUAGUGUACAGAGGAAUCGUGUUCCAGCUCAACUUUGACCAGAAUCUUAAAAACGAGGAAAAAUUUCGAACAGUGCGCCAAAAGGACGACCUUGUCAUCGUCGUCCAAGUGCACAACCGUCCCGAAUACCUGCGCCUAUUGGUAGACAGCUUGAGGAAGUCCAAAGGAAUCGAAAACGUCCUUCUGAUAUUCAGUCAUGACUUCUGGUCUCCAGAAAUCAACCAAAUAGUGGCGUCCGUCGACUUCUGUUUGGUCCUUCAGAUAUUCUUCCCCUUCAGCAUCCAACUCUACCCUCAAGAGUUCCCUGGGAACGAUCCCAGAGAUUGUCCUCGAGACAUUCCCAAGAAAGAUGCCUUAACCCUGGGCUGCAUAAACGCAGAGUACCCAGACUCCUUCGGCCACUACCGGGAGGCCAAAUUCUCCCAAACCAAACACCAUUGGUGGUGGAAACUGCACUUUGUGUGGGAUCGAGUCCGAGUCUUGAAGGAUCACAAAGGACUUGUGUUGCUCAUCGAAGAGGAUCACUACCUCGCUCCUGACUUUUACCACCUUCUCAAACUGAUGGCAUCUCUAAAAAAAGAGCAAUGUCCCGAUUGCGAUAUCUUAUCUCUAGGUAGCUACGGACACAUCGGCUACUCCAGCAAAGCCAACAAAGUGGAGGUAAAAGCGUGGAAGUCCACCGAGCACAACAUGGGAAUGGCGCUGAACCGAGACGCCUAUCAGAAACUCCUCAGAUGCACCGAUGCCUUCUGCACUUACGACGACUACAACUGGGACUGGUCCUUGCAGCAUCUCACCGUGACCUGCCUGCCUGCAUUUCUAAAAGUCAUGGUUAGUGAGGCGCCUCGUAUUUUCCAUGCCGGCGAUUGCGGGAUGCACCAUAAGAAGUCGUCUUGCAUGCCUAGUGGCCAGAAAACUAAGAUCGAAAACAUUCUGCAGAGCAGCGGGAAUCAGCUGUUCCCCAAACAAUUACUCAUCACUAAGAGACUCCCAGCGUCCGGGGCCAAAGGAGUGGCUCCGCAUGUCAAAAAUGGCGGCUGGGGGGACAUCAGGGACCAUGAACUCUGCAAGAGCUACCUUCGAUUACAGUGAACUUUAUAUAUGAUCUUCUUUUUUGUUGUUUUUUGCAUCCUCUAAUGAAAGCCUUUAAAAGUUCUUUAUGGACGACUUCUUCAUAUUGCCUGUUUUAUUGAGAUACUCCAAAUAAAAAAAGUAUGUGAUGUUUGGAUUUGGUGGUUAUGAGCAUCAUUCAAGUAUUAUUACUGGAAGAAAAAAAAAGUAGGACAGGGUGAUUGAUUGAAUAAUGCUUAUUUUUGUCAUUAAAGCCAGUUCUGGUAAGUCUCCUGCAGGUGAUUUUCUGAUGGAGCAUAAUUUUCCAACACCAAGUCAAAAUUCACUGUCAAGUUUGAAAUCAUGUUCAAAAUCUAAAUUGAUGUGGUUCUCUAGGCUAGUUUUUAAUACCAGAUGGCGCUCUAGACUAGUUUUAAAAACAUGACGCUCUAUGCAAGCAGACGGCAACCUAGGCUAAUUUUAAACAGCAGACGGAGCUUUAGGCCAGUUUUAAAUAGUAGACGGCGUUCCAGGCUAGUUUAUAACAUUUACAUUUAGUCAUUUAGCAGACGCUUUUAUCCAACUAUAAACAGCAGACGGCACUCUAGACUGGUUUAUAAAAAGCAGAUGGCGCUCUAGACUUGUUUAUAAACAGCAUGCGGCACUCUAGGCUAGUUUUAAACAGCAGAUGGCGGUCCAGGCUAAUUUUAAACAGUAGACGGAGCUUUAGGCCAGUUUUAAACAGCAGACGGCGUUCUGGCUAGUUUAUAAACAGCAGACGGCGUUCUAGGCUAGUUUAUAAACAGCAGACGGCGCUCCUGUCUAGUUUUAACCAGCAGAUGGCGCUCUGGAUUUGUUUAUAAACAGCAGACGGUGCUCUAGACUUGUUUAUAAACAGCAAAUGUUGCUCCAGACUUGUUUAUAAACAGCAGAUGGCACUCUAGGCUAAUUUUAAACCGCAGAUGCUGCUCUAGACUAGUUCAUAAACAGACGAUGGCGCUCUAGGCUAGUUUAUAAACAGACGAUGGCGCUCUUAAGCUAGUUUAUAAACAGCAGAUGGCGUUUUAGACUAGUCUAUAAACAGCAGAUGGUGCUCUAGGCUACUUUAUAAACAGCAGAUGGCGCUCUAAGCCAAUUUAUAAACAGCAGACUGUGCUCUAGGCCAGUUUUAAACAGCAGACGGCGCUCUAGACUAGUUUAUAAACAGCAGAUGGCGCUCUAGACUAGUUUAUAAACAGCAGACUGUGCUCUAGGCUAGUUUUAAAACAGCAGAUGGCGCUCUAGGCUAGUUUAUAAACAGCAGACGGUGCUCUAGGCCAGUUUUAAACAGCAGAUGGCGCUCUAGACUAGUUUAUAAACAGCACAUGGUGCUCUGGGCCAGUUUUAAACAGCAGAUGGCGCUCUAGACUAGUUUAUAAACAGCAGACGGCGCUCUAGCGUAGUUUAUAAACAGCAGAUGGCGCUCUAGCCUAGUUUAUGAACAGCAGACGGCGCUCUAGGCCAGUUUUAAACAGCAGAUGGCGCUCUAGACUAGUUUAUAAACAGCACAUGGUGCUCUGGGCCAGUUUUAAACAGCAGACGGCGCUCUAGACUAGUUUUUAAACAGCAGACGGCGCUCUAGACUAGUUUAUAAACAGCAGAUGGCGCUCUAGGCUAGUUUAUAAACAGCAGAUGGUGCUCUAGGCCAGUUUAUAAACAGCAGACGGUGCUCUAGGCUAGUUUAUAAACAGCAGACAGUGCUCAAGGCUAGUUUAUAAACAGCAGACGGCGCUCUAGGCUAGUUUAUAACAGCAGAUGGCGCUCUAGGCUAGUUUAUAAACAGCAGACAGUGCUCAAGGCUAGUUUAUAAACAGCAGACGGCGCUCUAGGCUAGUUUAUAAACAGCAGACGGUACUCUAGGCUAGUUUAUAAACAGCAGACGGUGCUCAAGGCUAGUUUAUAAACAGCAGACGGCGCUCUAGGCUAGUUUAUAAACAGCAGACGGCGCUCUAGACUAGUUUUUAAACAGCAGACGGCGCUGUAGGCUAGUUUAUAAACAGCAGAUGGUGCUCUAGGCCAGUUUAUAAACAGCAGACGGUGCUCUAGGCUAGUUUAUAAACAGCAGACGGCGCUCUAGAUGUGUGUAUAAACAGCAGACGGGCACUCCAGGCUAGUUUUAAACAGCAGACGGCGCUCUAGACUAGUUUAUAAACAGCAGAUGGCGCUCUAGGCUAGUUUAUAAACAGCAGAUGGUGCUCUAGGCCAGUUUAUAAACAGCAGACGGUGCUCUAGGCUAGUUUAUAAACAGCAGAUGGCGCUCUAGGCUAGUUUAUAAACAGCAGACGGCGCUCUAGAUGUGUGUAUAAACAGCAGACGGGCACUCCAGGCUAGUUUUAAACAGCAGACGGCACUCUAGAUUUGUUUAUAAAUAGCAGACGGGCACACCAGGCUAGUUUUAAACAGCAGAUGGUGCUCUAGACUAGUUUAUAAACAGCAGAUGGUGCUCUAGGCUAGUUUAUAAACAGCAGACGGGCACUCCAGGCUAGUUUUAAACAGCAGACGGCACUCUAGAUUUGUUUAUAAAUAGCAGACGGGCACACCAGGCUAGUUUUAAACAGCAGAUGGCGCUCUGGAUUUGUUUAUAAACAGCAGACGGUGCUCUAGACUGAUUUAUAAACAGCAGACGGUGCUCUAGACUAAUUUAUAAAUAGCAGACUUUGCUCUAGGCUAGUUUUUUAACAGCAGACGGGCACUCCAGGCUAGUUUUAAACAGCAGACGGCGCUCUAGAUUUGUUUACAAACAGCAGACGGUGCUCUAGACUGAUUUAUAAACAGCAGAUGGCACUCUAGAUUUGUUUAUAAACAGUAGACGGUGCUGUAGACUAAUUUAUAAACAGCAGACUUCGCUCUAGGCUAGUUUAUAAACAGCAGACGGCGCUCUAGAUUUGUUUAUAAACAGUAGACGGUGCUCCUGUCUAGUUUAUAAACAGCAGACGGCGCUCCUGUCUAGUUUAUAAACAGUAGACGGCGCUCUAGACUAAUUUAUUAACAGCAGAAAUCUAGACUCAUAGAUGGCGCUCUGCUUUUAAAAGCUAAGCUCAGAACCAAUUUAAAAGAGAAUAGCGACGCAUUUUGAAAUCCUCCGUAGUGAUUUCUCGAACAAUUCUUUUGCCACAAAUCUAACAAUAUUUUUUACUACAAACUCACUUGGAAACUUCAGUCACGUGUUUGAAACAAAUCCUUUUUCCGCGUGUUUACUAUUCACGCUGAAUCAACUACAGCAGUCAAAUAUUUCAUAAUGCAACACUACAGGGAUUUCUGGCUUCUUCUUCAUGGGUGUUUGGAGUUAUAGCACAAUAGUGCCCUCUGGAGGAUUUGAUCACAGAACUGAUAAAAAUGUGCAUUCACUUCAAUGAAUCGCCCAGCCCUAAAAAAAAACAAGUGUUACCGUUUGUCUCUCUUCUAUCUAUUAUUAAAGCAUUUUGUGCCAUUUUUAAGACGACGUUUGUAUGAUCUGCAAAAAGCAUGAUGUUUCUGAUGAUUAUGUAAAUGUGUGUGUGUGUGUGUACAUAUAUACAGACUUGCAGACAGUGUACUUUUGAUCGUAUUUCCACCUUCUGCUGGAGAUUACGCCGGGCUAUUUUUGAUAUGCAGAUGAACUAUUUUCUAUUUGCCUGAAUGUGACUGAGCGUUUUUCCAGAUUGUGCUUCAUAUUGAACGUAUUCCAGUAUCAGUAUGGUUUUGAAGCUUUUGCAAGACAUUAAAAUUGCAUUGACUAUCUGGCAGUGCUCAUUAACCCCCUUA